AUAUGUUCACCAGGAUGUUAAAACUGAGACUCCUCAAUGCUGUAGCACCUACAUACUUCUUCAUGGCUACAGCAGUCACCUUCAUCUUGCACUUCUGCUUCUUCAUCCCAACAAUCUUCCCAAACCAGGACACAUCACUGAAGGGGUCGACAGUCCUUCACACAGUUGUUUUCCUGUUCUUGAUGUUCAACGCACUGGGAAACUACAUAAUGACUAUUAAGUAUCCUGCUGAAAGUGCCAACGAGACUGCGGUUUCGGUGUGUUCGCUGCACUGCUCGGACAAAGUGGACGCGCACUACCUCCUAAACGGCCGCCACUUCUGCAAACUGUGUAAGAAAGUUAUUCUCAAGAGGGAUCACCACUGCUUUUUCACUGGAAACUGCAUUGGCAACAAAAACAUGCGCUACUUCAUCAUGUUCUGCAUCUACACCUCAUGCACUUGUUUGUACUCCUUGGUUCUCGGUGUGGCCUUUCUAACAGUGGAGUACUCCAUCUCCUUUGAGAACCCGCUGACCUUCCUGACUCUUCUCCCUAUUUCCACUGGUUACUUCUUCAUGGGAACAAUCUCAGGCUUGCAGUUGUUCCUGGUGCUGAUGCUGUAUGUGUGGCUCGGCAUCGGCCUGGUCUGUGCUGGCUUCUGUUGCCAGCAGGUGCUGCUGGUGGCCCGGGGACAGACCUGGUGUCAGAUGCAGAGGGGGCAGCUCAUGGAGAACUGCAGCCCCUGGCGAACCAACCUUAAGGAUGUUUUUGGUACCCGCUGGAUCCUUGGACUUAUCCUGCCUGUGCAGACAGUGGAGACGAGCUGUGAGGACACAGAUGGACAUAAACAAGACUGAGUGUCAUAUAAAUAUCAAAUAGGUCACAAGUUGUAGUGUAGAAAAUGCUUUCUUGGGAUCCAUGUGGUGAUUGAUUUUAAAUAGGCCUACUAAAUGGAUGCUUUAUAACCUUUAAAGUACUCUAUGAAAUAAUUAGCUGUUAGCACACAUUCCUUUAAGGACAGGAGCCAUAUAUAUAUCAGUGUGAAACUUUUGAAUAAGUUCCUAGUGUAAUUGUAUCAUUUAAGUAAGUAGCUGUUGACAAGGCAAUAUUAAGACUAAUAAGUUGGCCUUUUGGGACAUCUUGCAGUUCUAUAUGCACUACUACAUUCAUCAACAUAUAAAGAUGGCAUAUUUGCGUAAGUGCAUGCAUUCACAGCUUUGCAUUUUAUAUUAUGUUAUUUGAUUUGCCGGUGUCAUGCGGCGCUCUGAGAUUACCAGUCGAGUGUGUUGUUCUUUCACACUUCCUUGAAGGAUGCUACAAUGUGACAUUCAGGAAACUUAUGGUCGUUUUUACAAUAAUUUACUUCGACGUCAAGGGCUAGCAGACAAGGAAACUACAAUAUGAGUCUACAGCGUAAACUGCCAGGCUUGACAGCACUGCUCUGACAAUAAACUGUUGAGCCUGAUGUUUUCUACUGAAAUGAAUGUGAGUC